AUGCGGCCUCUGAUAUCUUACGACGACAUAGUUGCGCCCGAACCCACACCGCGCACCAACCCACCCCCAGUGCCACCACCAGCGAAGAAGCGCAGGACGAACCAGAACCAAAACCAGAACCAGCACCAGCACAGGCAGGGGUACGCGGGCGGCGGAAGAGCGCACCAGCAGCACUGGGACGACCCUGGCAGCCAGGAGCCGCCGAUGAUGUACGACGACGCCCCCGCGCCGUCUGCGGGAAGCAGCGCACGGCACGCCGAGUACCACGAGGAGGAGGGCGAGGCGGAUGAGGACGAGAGCCGCGAGCUCACCCAGGACGAAAUCUGGGACGACUCCGCGCUGAUCGACGCGUGGAACAGCGCGGCGGCAGAGUAUGAGGCCUUUCAUGGGAAGGGCAAGAGCUGGAAGGACGAGCCCGUGAAAAAAUCACCUCUGUGGUACAAUGUCCCUCCCGCGACCACCUCGAAGCCAAAAGCAGGCCCCUCGGGUGCUUCGAAUGGCGCCGCUACGAAUGCGGACUCGACUCCGCUGAACUUCGACACCUUCGUGCCCGUGCACGACCCCUCGCUCGCUGCAGGUGGUUCGGCUAUCCCUGCGCCGACAAUGGACGGCGCGGCCGCGCUGGGGGUGGGCGCCGAGGCAGCCAUGGUGAGUCAGGACGAGGCGUUCACGAGGGCGAUGACCGCGAUGUACUGGAGCGGGUACUGGACGGCCGUGUACCACACGCGCAGGAAUGAAGCUCAGGUUGGCGCCGCGGCCGUGCAAGAAAACGGGGGCGAGGAAGAAGACGCUGUGGAGGAUGGCGAAGCGGAGGACGAAGAGAUGCUUCCCGCACAGCGGUAAAAUGGCUCAGAUUUGACGUGGCGAGACGACGAGGCGUGCAUUGCUCUUGUAGGUGUUUGUUUACCGAAUACAGAAGAC